AUGCAGCCCCAGGACCCACAGGACCCUACCCAACCUGUGCUCACUGUAGACCCUUUGACACAGAAACUUCUUCGCGAUUACGCCUACGCAGAAGAGUCCCUUCAGAUUUUCCAGGGCUGGCUCAAUGCGGGUCCUGCCCAAAUCUUCCAUGACAUGCGGGUCCAUGCUGGGCGCGCCAUCAACUCCCGAAUGCCCGUCGGGGGUCUUCCCAUCGAGAUUCUAGCGCGUAUACUCCUCUUCCUCCGAGAUGUCUCUCCACCCCGUCUUAGCUAUCCUGGGGAUGAAGACGGGGAUCACGACAUCGAACAUCUUCCCGUUCCAGACCUUGGGUGGAUCGCGGCGACCCAUGCCUCCGCUCAGUUCUACAACGCUGGGAGGGUACACAGCCAUCUGUGGUCUGAGGUCGUAACCGAUGCUCUGGGAAUACCCUGGACAAAUGAAAUGUACAUUCGCUCGGGUGAAACCCCCUUGACAUUUAGUAGAGAUUGUGAGUCUCCACGGGGCUCCCCUUUGGUCCCUCCCGGCCCUUUAAUUCGCGUCAAACGGAUCGAGCUCACCAAUGUUCAUCCUGAUCUCGAUCCAAACCACGCUGUGACCAUGGACUGGCUCUCCAAUUCGAUCGCCCCCGCUCUCGAGCAUCUUGUCAUUCGUGGGCCCUGCGACGACUUCGUCGAAUUCCCUGAAACCCUGUUCGCAAACUCCACUCAACAACUCCGGUCCAUCGUGCUGGAAAACAUCAAUCCCACUUCGGUCUCGUCCUUCCCACCUUCGCUCACGUCUGUCGCGAUCGCAUUCAAGCUGUCGGAUAAGGUUCUUACGUCUUGGAAAAUGCAAGAGCUGGUCGACAUGGAUCCGGAUUUCUUGGGCGACCUCUUACGCAGACUUGUGACGCUCGAAGACCUGACUCUCGUCAACUGCAUCCCUCUUUGGGACAGUUGGGCGUUGGACCCGGUGGCUCAAACCUCCAGAACGGCAGCGAUUCCACAUCUGAAGUCCCUCUCCGUCACGUGCGAUACAUUGGAGUCGCUCUACUGCCUGGUCGAUGGGUUGAAAGCUUCCGGGACUGUUCGGAAACUGGAUCUCUGUGUCGAGGCUUUCGACCACAGCUCCGGAGACACCAGCUACGACGGGCGUGUGGGUAUAUGUAGGGCUCUGAUUUCUGACGUCGUUCAGGGGCUCUGUUUUUCUACGUCUGUACCAAUGGUACUGACAUCGAUGGAAGCACUUGCUAUCGAUUUCAAGCAGGGAUCGUCGGUUUUCCUUGAACUCUCGUCUGCGUCCCAGCCUUCCCUACCUGCCUACGACAUCAAACUCGACAUGCCUCUCAUCAGCCCCAUCACCGUCCCCUUUUUCACACUGGCUCUUCUUGACAAUCUUCCGGUCGCAUGGUCGGCCCUCAAGUCCCUCAUCCUGACAAACCAAGAUCGUGACGAUGCCCUUCGUCCCGCGUUCGACGGUGAGUGGAGUUCAGCCGAAGCGCAAAAACUCUUACUCGAGCUAGGCGGCCCUCACAGUCAACUCUCCUACUUGCGAUGCGGAGACGGGAUUUUGAGGCCGUUCGUAGAAGCCAUGUUCGCCGUCACCAUCGCCUCGCCGACGGACGUCGCCCUCCCUAUGCUCCACGACCUCCGCAUCCACGACGACGCGCUCAGCCUUGAUCUACGCUUCUACGAGCCUGUGGAUAUGCACAGCGUCCCUGUCAUGCACGUAGGACGGGGAGCACUCUGCAAGAAUACCAUUGAGGUCUUCAAGCUCCGCUGCCAACGAGGUGUUCCCCUUCCUUACGCGGAAAUAGCUGUCCGGUAUCCUGAUCAGACGCAGGACGGAUGGAUAGGGCAGGUCGUGCGAGAGGAGAUCCAGAGGGGCGAAGAGGUCUGCACGCCGGAGAGGUGGCUAGGGGUUGCCCAGCGAUUCGCCCAGGAUAUGAUGGCUGUGGUGCGGACGGUGAAGGUCGAUAGAAGGGAGGAUUAA